GCUCGCUAGGGAGAGUUUAUUUUAACCCUAGCGAGGGCAAAGAAGAGGAGAGAAGGCCGCGCAGCGCAGUGCUCGCGCAUCCUCGCAGCUUCGCUCCAUCCAUGGCGUGCUUCUUGCUCGCAGCGAGCGCGCAUUAGGUCAGAGAUUAGGGCGCUGCGUCCAUAGCAGUGGAGCGUUUCCACUGAUUCUUGUCGCAUUUGUAACAUUUGAUAGACUACACUCUUCUUGGGCUCGCAUUGUACAAAAAAACUCGACUCGAGAGCUGGCGAUGUCGCAACGCUGCCUAGAAUUCGAUGCCGAAGUUGGGAAAGAACCGCAAACCCCGAGCAUUGCACCCAAGAACUCGGUGGCAGUACGCUCGCGCAUGCCUUGCGGGAUUGGGCUACACCUCAAUAGCCUGGGUGGCUUCACAACGACAAAGCCAAGUGUGCGUGUCACGCAGCAGCAGCAGCAGUGUCAGACGAAUGGUUCUCGAGACGUGCCCGCCUCCUCAGCCUGCUCGGCUGGAUCGGAGCCGGUCAUGUCGGUACUAGACAAUUCUGGCGAAACGGAUAACAAGGAACACAACGCUGCGGACAGCGGACAAGGCGACGAGUGCGUCCAGUCGUGGGGGACUUCCGCGGUCGAAGACUUGUCGUUCGUUUUCCAUGAGGAAGUUAAAACAAAGAAAUCUGGACGGAAGCGGUUGCUUAUGGAUCCAGAUCCAGACGAUGGAGAUGACAAACAUGCCGUGGUGAAACCCAAAAAGAGAAGGAGAUCCAGUGCUCUUGAUCCGAAUUGCAAGCGCUGCAGCUGCAAGAAAUCGAAGUGCCUCAAGCUAUACUGUGAGUGCUUUGCUAGUGGAUCGUACUGCCUGGAUUCUUGCGCAUGUGGCAAUUGCUCCAACCGGCAGGAACACGAAGAUGUUGUUAGUGAGACUCGUCAGUUGAUUCAAAGCCGAAAUCCGCUGGCAUUCGCUCCAAGAGUGAUCUCUCCAGCCGAAGUAGUACGUCAUGAAGCUCCUGCCGCUGCAGCCAUUCCCGCUGCUACGUCCAAGCACAAGCGCGGAUGCAACUGCAAAAAGUCCCUGUGCUUGAAAAAGUACUGCGAAUGCUUCCAGUCCGAGGUCGGUUGUUCUGAUGCAUGCAAGUGCCGUGGAUGCAAAAACACAUUUGGUGCAAAGCAAGGUUCACCGGAGCUGCAAGUAAGUACAUCAGAGGCUUCAAGGCAGGAGGUGGAGCUUGGCAGUGGCGACGAUGGUUUUUUCAGGACGCCCCGAGCGUGCCGGGCAGCGGGACGAGACAUUGAAUCGCCCGCCCCGCAGACUGGAGCGUCAGCAUGUUCCAAGUCAUCGUCCAAUUUUUACACUCUGACCACCCCGCUGCACGAGAGAUACGAUGGCGAUAUUUCUCCUGAGUUUAGUGCCUCAAGGACGCCCUGCCAAAGGCAGCCGAGCAGGACCACUGCUAGUCAAGGCUACACGUCGGUGCUGACAGUUUCGUCCAGGGGCCGCACACUGCCACCGGGGACACAUUCUUUGCAAAGCAAGACGCUAGACACAGUUUCGGCAGAGGAAGAAGACGACUUCCCGGAUUUCCUCCUGGAUCCAUCCGAGGUUCAGUCAGCAACCGUGACAAGCUCACCCAAGAAGAAGCGGGUUACACCACCACAGGUUGGCGCCACCGCUACCACGACCACGACCAAGUUACCUCCGGUGCUUAAGAACGGGAGGAAGCUGACGCUCCAGGCCUUACCGUCACUCCCGCCGGUGUCUUCCAUACGAGAAAGUUUCAGACCAAAGAACAAGUGAAGCGGGCUGUCUGCGUCGCGAUGACACUUCUUUUGGGGGCCCAGCUCGGGUAGCUAGGUGGUCAGGAGUGGAGGAAGGGAAUCCCUGAACGGAUGGGCUUAUAGCUAGCAGGGUAUCAAAGGUUGUUGAGCACUGGAGAAGGAAAAAACGCAAAGUUUCAGGCUCGUGGCAUUUGAAGACGGCGAGUUCCGCUUCCUACGGGCCGAACUCUCUUGGCAUUAUCGGCAACGACCAAGCAAAGCAGGGACAGACAGCAGCAACAGCAAAUGGCCUUCUUUUAUUCAAAUGGACAUAGUCAAGCCAAGCCAUUGGACCCCGUUCGUCCACAA